AACGCCGGGAGGCGCCGGGCGAGGCCAUGUACUCGGUGCCCGAGCUGUAUUCGAGGCGGAGGCGCUUGGACUGGCAGACCUCGACCCUGCUGGAACAAUUGGGAUUGCGACUAGGGAUGUGGUACUGGAAAGAUGAGACCAGAACUCUUGAAUUCAGAAGUUUCAUGCCUGCGGUGGAACAAAAGGAGAAAGGAAAGAAAGGCAGAACAGUUCACUUUGCCGAAAUGGAUGGUUCCGCUUCAGAAAGGUUGACAGAUAAAAGGCUUGUCUCAAGAGACUCGACCAAAACCUUAGAGAAGCGAGGCCGGCUGGGCUGCGUGACGCUGGAUGACGUGAAGUUUGUCGUGCUGCUCUUGCUGCAGGACUCCGAGAAGCAGCGCAUCUGUUCCUUUACAACGUUUAUGAGGAAUAAGAGUCUUGACAAUUUCCUCAUGGCAUUAUUGUACUACUUAGCAUAUUACUUGGAAAAAAACUCACUGGAAAAGAAACCCAAAAGCUAUAUGGUAGGCCUUGUGGAGAAAAAAGAGAUGGAGCUGGCUGCGAGUAAGUUGGAAGCAGCGCAGAGCUACCUGGCGCAGAAGUACUGUGUCCUCGUGCUGGGCCUGGGCAUGCCGGACAAGCACCACAUGUCCUGCGGGAAGGAGAAAAUCUCAGAUACACAGAAAGACUGGAAAUUCUUUGAGUGUUUUUACACUUUCUGCACGUAUGUGGCUUGGGUUGUCUUCCGGCGUCAGCACUUGACAGAGAUUGAGGAGGAGGUAGGACGGCUCUUUCGUACCAGCAUGUUCAACAUCCCUCGAAGAAAACGUGAGGAUGAAGAAUUAGGAGGGGAGAAGAAACGCAUGACCUUCGUGCAAUUCAGGAGAAUGAUGGCAAAACGCCCAGCGAUCAAGAAAGCCAUUAACAUGCGCUCCCCCGUUAUGUCCACCCUGCUGCCCUCUCACCGGGAAAAAGCUCAGACUAUCGUUGAGAAAAAGUAUCAUCAAGUAGGCACCAAGCUCCCGGCUCAGACACACCUGGACUUUGUACCCCUGCCAAAAGUUGGCAUCUUGGGGGAGCCUCGGUCUCUGUUCAACCCGCACACCCUUCUCCCCCUUGAACCCGAGGAGACAGAGAAGGCUGGGAGACACCCGUCCCUGAUAGAGAGGAACAACAUGAGGAUUCAGGACACGCUGCACUUGGUCAUGAGAACCCUGUCUUCUCACACGCCUUACUCUAAGUAACCCGGGUCUCCCGUCUCCGCAAGAGAGUCCCUGCGUUUGUAAACGAAGCACAAGACCUUAGCCGCUGGAUCCGGAUGAGUAUCUUACUAUCAGUAAGCCUUCGAAAACGGCCCAAGUGUGUGUCCUAAAGAACGGCUGUGGACGAUUAAAGAAUUCCA